AUGAUUCGUGAUGAAACCGCCUUCCAGGCACAGGCAGCCUUGGACCAGCUUGCUGCGACUGCUCAUGCGACUGCCCUUUCUGCGGCUGCAGCACCGGCCACACCAACAACUCCCUCCACCCCAACCACCACGACCUCCACAGCACCAGGAACAGCAGCAACAGCAACCGCAACCGCAACAGCAGGUGCACCACUCGAUCCUGCCGAAGUCCUCAAGAAGGACCUCAUGAGCCAGCGCGUCCGUAACGACAACAGGGAGCGUAAAAAGCGAUGGAGAGAAGCAAACGAGGAUCGCAACAAGGACAAUGAUUUGCGGUGCAGAGUCAACAAGCGGGCAAACAAGCUGUUUGGCAAGCAGGAGAGUGAACACAAGUCGCGCUGGAUCGAGGAAGAGUUUGGAAAGCGCCAGAUGAAGCGCAAGGACAAGGAGAGGCGGAGAAACCCCAACUCGGCUGGAUCGAUGGAACCAACACCCGCUCCUACCACACCAACGGUUUCUCUGAACGAGCACCUUGCGCUUCACCAACAGGCACAGGCUGCAGCCCAGGCGGCAGCCGUCCAAGCACAGGCCCAGGCCCAGGCCCAGGCUCACCAACUGCAAGCAAGCCAACUCGCACACCCCCAGUUUGAUCCUUCAACGGUCAAGACAGCGCUGGCGCUGAAUGAUUUGGUCAAGAAGAACGGCAGCCAUCUGGACCUUGCGCAACUCACUGGUGUCUUGACCGACCCCAACCUGGCACGUCAGCUGAUCGAGAUCGAGGCCAACAACCCAGCAACACAAGCAUCGGCUACCAUGAUGGUCAUGAACACUCAAAUUAAGUCUGAACACGAGUCUAAGGCUGGCCAUAUGAUGGAUGCCGAUUACCCCAUGGAUGCUGUCCUCACCCUGAUGCAGCUCAACGGCAGCUGGAAGGCUUAA